AUGGCACCUCCAGCUGGGUCGAAUCUGGUGGUGGGAGGAGUUUCCAUCGCUGUCGAGUCAACGAUGAAGUACCUGGGACUCGUCCUCGACAGCCGAUGGAAAUUCGAGGAGCACUUUCGGCGCCUGGCCCCCAAACUCAUCGGGGCUGCAGGGGCGCUGAGUCGGCUCCUCCCUAACUUGGGCGGAACUGGCGUUGGCUGCCGCGGCCUGUACACAGGAGUGAAGCGGUCGAUGGCGGUUGACGCUCUUGUCGCCCGUAAUAGGACCCUGCUGCGAAGGCCGCAACGGGUCAUGGCGGCAAGAGUGAUCAGAGCGUACCGCACUAUUUCGCACGAGGCGGCCUGCGCGUUGGCAGGGACACCCCCGUGGGACCGGGAUGCGGAGGUGUUGGCGUGUGUGCACGAGCGAAGGGUGGAGGUCCGAAUGCGGGGAGAACACCCUUCGCCGGAGAGGGUCACUGGGUGGCGGCGUUUAGCGCAGGCCGAGCUCUUUCGCCAAUGGCGAGAGAGGCUCGAGUCACCCGGUGCCGGUCUGCGGACUAUUGACGGGAUUCGCCCCGUGCUUCAGCAGUGGGGCCAGGCCGGCAGUGAGACGUCUUGGGAUGCGAUAGUCUCGUUCUGCGAAGACGUGAUGACGCAGAAGGAGGCUGCGGAGCGGCUGAGAGAGGAUGCCGUGGACUCCCAGCCGAUCCGCCGCAGGAGAGUCGGGCGCAGGCGGCUUGCACAAGACCGCCGCCUGCCCCCAUAA